AUGUCUGCUUCAAAAUCUACUACAACUGUUUUUGUUUCUGGGGCUUCUGGUUUUAUUGCGCAAAAUGUUAUCAAGCAAUUGUUGGCUAAUGGAUACAAAGUCAUUGGAUCAGUAAGAUCUGAAUCGAAAGGCAAAGAAUUAACAGAUAUUAUACAAUCAAAGGACUUUGAAUUUGCUGUUAUCCCUGAUAUUAGUGCUGUUGGAGCAUUCGAUGACGUCUUGAAAUUGAAUUCACAAAUAUCGGUGUUUAUUCAUACAGCUUCUCCCGUCACCUAUUCAGCAAAAGAUGUUCAAAAUGAACUCAUCAAACCUGCUGUGGAAGGAACAAGGAAUGCCUUGAAUGCAAUUAAGUUAUAUGGGCCUCAAAUUAAGCGAGUGGUUGUGACAUCUUCGUUUACAGCCAUUGCACUGGGGAAGAAUUUUGAUCAUAAUAAGUAUUACACAGAAAACGAUUGGAAUCCAGUUACAUUAGAACAGGCAUUAUCUGAUCCUGAAGCAGCAUAUUCUUAUGCCAAAAAAAUGGCAGAAAAGACCGUUUGGGAUUUUGUUGAAACUGAAUCACCAACUUUUAAAGUAAGUGUUGUCAAUCCAACAGUUGUUUUUGGACCACAGGCUUUUGGGGUCAAGGAUAAAUCGAAAUUGAAUUUACUGAUUGAAAUGAUUGAUGAUAUUCUUACUUUGAAACCGAACGACGAGAUCCCACCUUAUGCCAGUCGAUGCAUUGAUGUUAGAGACGUUGCUAAAGCUCAUUUAGUUGCAUUUGAAAAAGAGGAAGCAAUCAAUCAAAGGUUGGUGUUAAUAAAUCAGCCGUUUAGUAAUGAUUUGCUUGCAUAUAUCGUUAAGAAGAAUUUCCCUAGUCUCAAUAUUCCCGAAGGUAAUUUGGAAAGAAGUCAAGAAUGUAUACAAAAAUCUUGUAUCAAAACAGAUUUGACAAAAACUCAAGAAAUUCUUGGAUUUGACUAUAUACCAGUGGAGAAAACUAUCCUUGAUACUAUUCAACAGCUCUAUGACGCUUGA